AAGACUAUCCUGCCUGCUCCUUGCUGCACCAUGAAGACUGCUGAGCUGAAAUUUCUUCUAGCGUCCUUCAUCUUCUACUCACUGACUACCCCGUUAUUGGGCGGCGUUAAGACACUUACUGAAAAGCUAUGCAAAGAUUUCAAAGAUCCCUGUAUUAUGGAUAUGGAUGCUGGCAGCUGCUACGAAGUUCACACUAGAUACUUCUACAACAAAACAUCCCAAAAAUGUCAAAGUUUUAUCUUCUCUGGCUGCGAUGGCAACCUUAACAACUACAAGCUUCAAAUAGAAUGUCAAAUAGCCUGUGUUAAAGAAUACAAACUACCGUAA